GGCCCGGAAACCGGCGCGAGUCAAAUGAAUGGGUGAAGCCAGACCGCGAGUUCGCCGCGGCUGCGGUUCCCGACUGGGUCUCGGGGAGACCCGUAGCUCGCGCCGUACCCACCGCCACCCUCUCCUCCACUCGCCCGCAGUCCCAACCGCUGGCCAGCCCCCCGUCAGACGCCGGACCCCCAAAGAGCCCGAGCUCAUGCCCCUGCCCCGCAGGGGAAGAGGACCCCUCCUGGCCGGCACCCGAAUGGCCAGCUCUAGCCCCCCGCGGGCGACGGCCCACUCGCCAAGGCGUGUAGGCCGCGGGACCCCCUUGUCGAGCCCUGCGCAACGCCUCACCCGGCAGCGCCAUUCCUCCGAGCAGGUCCCACCAGGGCCCGAGCCGCAGGCGGACUUCCGCUCGGGAAGGUGGCUCCAAAAGGGCUCCGGAGGGGACGCCAGGGACUCGCGGCAGACCCCGUGUGCUGGGAUGGGCUCCAGGCACAGGAUCUGUGGUCGAGAAGAAAUAGUGAUGCCUUGUGCUUCUGACAGUGAUUCAGGAAGUGUGGAUUUGCAGCUGGGCAACUUAGAGGAUAUUAAAAAGCAACCAAGUAGCCUUGAACUUACAGACUCAGACAUCUCGGAAAUCCCUGGACUCCUCAGGGAAUCCCUCACAGACACCUCCAGACACCUGACCCACCAAGGCCCCCUCGGUGAAGUCAUUGUUGAGCAGCUGAUCCAAUCCAUCCAGAAGUUUUUUAAUGGUGAACUAAAGAGUGAACUUGAGAAGCUGACAGCCCUGAGAUCUUUGUCUUCUCUCAGCCGAACUUUACCUUCUGAUGAAACCACAGAAUCAUUCAUUCACAGCCACAUAGCAGACAUUGUGCAUCUGCUAAGUACACUGGUGGAGGAGGAGCCCCUGCAGUCUCUCUUCAGCCCUGUGCUCCAGGAGGUCUUUAUCACCAUCACUGACUUCAGUUGCCAAGAUGUCUACUUGCUGUUUGGUUCUGAAGAUCGAGCUGACCUGUUCAGUCUUGUCACCAAAAGUGUAAUUGCUCUGCCCUCUAUCAAGACCCUUAUCCCUCCGCAGGAAAUCAUGCCAGGUGGAUCCUGCAAUUCAGAGUAUCUCUACAGGCAGACAUUCCAGGCGUUCGUUGAGAUGCUCCAGAGUUUGGUGAUAAAAGACCAACAUUUGGAAAAUCUUGACAUCAUUUUUAAGCACAUGGAUCCCUGGUUACAGUCAGACAAAGACCAUGAACGGGAACGGGCCACAGCCAGCAUGACUCAAGUUCUGAAGUGUUUAUUCAAACAUCUCAGCCUGCAACUUCCAGUGCGAUUCCAAAGACUUGGACACCUGGUGGCUCUGAUGGCUCUGCUGUGUGGGGACCCGCUGAAAGAGGUGGCCGAGGAGGCUGCGGAGGGCAUGCACUACCUGCUGCACAUCACGCUGAGGCUGAAGUGUAUCACUUACGACAAGAAAAAUCGCCAACGCUUGAAAAGAGCAGUGAAAAAAUGUCGAGAACUCCUAGAACUCUACAAUGUUAAACAGUUCUAUAGUUGUCCCUUCAGAAUUGCCCAGGUCUUUGAAGUUUUUCUCAAUUCCAACGAGCUCUACCAGUUUGUAAUGGCUACACUGGAUGGCCUGAAAAACCUGAAACAUCCCCACACGCAGCGGUCAGCGGGGGAAUUGCUGAAAGCAUUGGUGAAGAAUGCACAGUCCCGGUUUGAGAAGGUGCCAGAAAUUAUGGGUGUUAUCUGUGCCCUGCUCUCCACAAGCAGCCAGCCUAAUGUUCGCCAACAAAUCACAAAUAUUGUGAGUUUGCUUAUGUCCAGGCCAAAGUACACAGAUACAGUGAUCGACCACCUUCUGUGUCACCCAGUACCAUAUAACAGGCGUCUGGCUGAGUUGUGGAGAACUCUGGAGGUGGAGCUGCCCAAAACGACCUGGAUUCUCUGGAGACUCCUGAGGAAGCUGCAGAAAUGCCAUGAUUCUGACUCCCAGGAGAAGAUGGCCUAUGUGGCUGUUGCUGUGACAGAUGCCCUUUAUGAGGUGUUUGUGGGGAACAAACUCCGGGCAGCUACGUUCCGGCUCUUCCCUCAGCUUCUCAUGACACUGCUCGUCCAGGUCCACCACGCCAUCGGCCUCACCAUGUCUGAUGUUGCCAUCCCCAGUGGCCUGUACCCAGAACAGGAAGUGUCUUCAGAGGUCACCCCCUUGUGCUUCGCCAUACAGGCUACAAAGACUCUCCUCCUCAGAACAUUCUGCUGGCAGGAAUUCAACAUCAUGGAAAAGAAUAAAGGAUGGACCCUUCUGGAAGGAAAAGAUUGCCAUCUUCAGGGAGUAUCCCUCCUUGCCAAUGCAUUGCUGGAGAGAAAUCACCUCGUUGCACAUAAGGUCAUGUACCUGUUAGUACCUUUUCUUAACCGAGGGAACGAUAAACAUAAGCUCACAUCGGCAGGCUUUUUUGUGGAGCUUCUUCAGAGUCCAGUGGCUCGGAGAUUUCCCAGCAUAUACUGUGUUGCCCGCUUGAAAGACUGGCUACUUCUUGAAAAUAAUCCCUUUAAAAUUCUUGCCCUGAGGGGACUGUGCUAUCUUACCAGACAGGAGGAAAUGAGGGAAGACAUCAAGAGCCUGCUGCCAUGCAUCCUAGACCUUUUAUGUGAAUCCGACGAGAAGAUUGUUUUGUUAGCCAUUCAGAUACUCCUGCAAUUCGUCAGGACGAUGGAUUUCACCACCCUGACUGCCAUGAUGAGGACCCUCUUCUCCUUAUUUGGUGAUGUAAGACCGGAUGUUCAUCGUUUCUCCAUGACCCUCUUUGGAGCCUCCAUAAAGUCUGUGAAAUACGCAGAUAAGAAGGGUGUAGAGAGCCAAGUCCUGGACAGCUUGGUCCCACUUCUUCUGUAUUCUCAGGAUGAGAAUGAUGCAAUUGCUACGGAGAGCAGGCAAGUGCUAACUAUAUGUGCCCGGUUCCUGAAGUGGAAGCUGCCCCAAGCAGUGUACUGCAAAGAUCCCUGGUUCAUCAACCCUAGUGACGUUGCAACAAUCUGCAAGUUCUUUGGAAAAAAAUGCAAGGGGAAGGUCAACAUUUUAGCCCAAACAUUGAUGUUCUCCAAGAAUGCAAAACUUCCUAUCAGAAGAGCAGCAGUCUUAUUUGUAGGGCUCUUAUCGAGGUACGUGGAUCACAGUGAACUCGGGACGAAGGGUACUGACUGGAUAAAGGAUGAUCUGAAAAAACUGCUGCAUGACCCUGAGCCAUCUCUGCGCAUCAUCGCCUCCCAGGCUCUAUUCCGAAUCCAGAAGGCGGGGGCUGAACUACAUUCCAGGCAGACACUGUAUGGGCUGAGGAAGCUCAUAGGUUGUUUGCCUAUCUAGAAGCCCAAGGCAAGCAACACUAGGUAAAAAAAAAAACAAACAAACUAAUCCCUUCAGAAGCCCCAGAAGCACCUGGUGCUCCAUUAGCAAAAAACUUCCUCCACCCACUUAAUCACCUCACAACAUAUUUUUUGCUGUCAAAACCUUUAAGGAAUGGCAAUAUAGAAGAGAGAGUAGCUUCUGGUGUACGUUUGCAGAAACAGUGAAAAUCUACUGAGAUUCUGAGGCAUGCCAGAACACCCAUAAAGUUCUAGUCUUGAUUAACAGGUUGAGGAAAGCUUCGAGAGAUUUUCAGUGUUCAUAUUGCACUGCUGGUAGUGUUGGCUCUUUUAUCAAAGCUCAAUCUGCUUGUCAACCAUCUUAAAAAUAAAGUAAUGACCAGU